AUGGAGCGACUGAUUAAAUUGAACUUGGAAGGUGCAGUGGAUUACGAAGUGGAUUAUCUGGGAUAUCGGAUAUCAAGUGAAGGUCUGCGAACGGCUCAGUCCAAGGUGAAGGCCGUACUAGAUGCACCAACUCCAAGGAAUCUCUCUGAACUGAAAUGCUUUCUGGGAUUAGUGAAUUACUAUGCUCGAUUUCUUCCAAGUUUAGCAGAAGUAUGUCAUCCACUGAAUGACUCGAUGAAGAAGGACGUGGCUUGGAAAUGGUCUAAAGCAUGUGAAGAGGCUUUCCAGAAAUUAAAGGAGCUAUUGACGUCAACCAAAGUGUUAUGUCAUUAUGACGUGAAAAUGCCUCUAACUUUGGCGUGUGACGCCUCAUCUCACGGGAUAGGAGCCGUGAUUUCGCACAUACUGCCCAAUAGAGAGGAACGUCCAAUAGCGUAUGCGUCUAGAACAUUGAGCAAAUUCGAGAAGAAUUACGCUCAAAUAGAAAAGGAGGCACUGGCAAUAGUAUUUGGUGUAAAGAGAUUCCACCAAUUUCUUUAUGGAAGACAAUAUUGCCUGAUCACGGAUCAUAAGCCUCUAGUGACCAUAUUCGGACCGGAAUCUGGUAUACCACCCAUCGCUGCCGCACGUCUGCAAAGGUGGGUCUUGAUUCUGAGUAGUUAUCGGUACACCAUACAGUACACGCGCACCCAGGAACAUGGAAAUGCCGAUGGACUUUCGAGAUUGCCAACAGCAGAAGAAGAGCACGAGGACUCUAGUCAGAGGGAAGCUGGCCUGUUUAGCUUACGGCAGAUCAAUAUGUUGCCAGUCACCGUCAAGGAUUUAGUGCGAGAGACAGAUAAAGACAGCCUGUUGAGUCAAGUCAAGAAGCAUGUUUUGUCCGGAUGGCCUAGUCGAAUGGACCAAACCAACCCAUUAUACCCCUAUUCCAGUAAACAGACACAGUUUACCCGUGAAGCCGGAUGUUUGAUGUGUGGACACCGAGUGGUAGUUCCAGAGUCUCUAAGGGAGCCAGUGGUACAUGAGCUGCAUGAGGGGCACAUGGGCGUGGUACGAAUGAAAGCAUUGUCAAGGAUACAUGUAUGGUGGCCUCAAAUCGACAAAGGUAUCGAAUCCCUUGCUAAGAGUUGUAUGGCAUGUCAGCAAAAUGGUAGGGCGCCGCCCUCUGCGCCACUACACCCCUGGAGCUGGCCAUCAAAACCGAUGUAUCGCUGUCACGUAGAUUUUGCGGGACCGUUCAUGGGUAAAAUGUCCUUGUUGCUUGUGGACGCAUAUUCAAAAUGGUUAGAAGUGAUCCCAAUGACAACCACAUCUGCAGCGAGCACGAUCGAUGCGUUGAGGAGUAUUUUCGCACGUUUUGGCAUACCACAUCAAUUGGUAUCCGACAAUGGUCCGCAAUGCGUUUCUGCGGAAUUCAACCACUUCAUGGAAAUGAAUGGAAUAAAGCACAUACGGAGCGCACCGUACCACCUUGCAAGUAACGGUCAAGUCGAAAGAGCCGUACAAACGAUGAAGAAAACGCUCAGAGUAAUGCAACAGGAGGAAGGGUCAUUGACUCGGAAGCUUUCACGGUUUUUGCUAAGCUAUCGAUCCACCGCUCAUUCUACUAACGGUGAAACGCCCAGCGAUUUGUUUCUAGGAAGGAAACUGAGAACAAGACUCGAAUUUUUGAAACCCAGUGUUCAGGAAGUGGUUUUGGACCAACAAGGUCGACAACGACAAUAUCAGGGAAGACGUCAGGAACGGUAUUUCAACGAAAAGGAUACGAUAUGGGUACGAGACUAUAGGUCUAUCCAACCUUGGGUACCUGGAAAGAUAGUAAAGGUCUUGGGACCGCUCACAUAUGAAGUGGAAGUCGAGGGGACAGCCUCUACUUGGAAACGGCAUGUAGAUCGGCUGAAGCAUCGGAGUGUCGAAAGGUCGCCAGAGGAUAAGCUUCAAGAGGAAACAGAAGUAGGAAUCGUUCUACCUACCGCGCAACCUAACAUGCCAGCACAAGCUAGUUCAACGCCAAGCGUUCCAGUGCCAACAGUUUUGGAAGCUUCAUCAUCAUCUUCAGACGAGAAAGACCAAAGAGUCAUGGUGGAGCCACCUUUACCAGACCCUCCAGAUGAGAGCGAUUCUAGUGGGAACGAGACGCCCAGUCCACUAGCGGAACAUCCACCGAGGAGAAAUCCAGUCAGAGCAAGGAGACCGCCACAGAGACUGGACCUCUAAGUGUUGUAGUUAGCUAAGAAGGGGGAAGCUGUAGUGUAUCGGUAUAUGGUAUAAUAGGCGGAGACUUGUCUAUAUAGUGUCUAGUGGCAUGCGUUAGAGCCUGUCUACCGUAGAGUACGUUGUUGAAUAAA